AAGGUACAAUUUUUAUUUUCCCAAAUUUAUCACCAUUACAAAGGAAAAUCACUGAAUGAUGGAGGUUGAUGAAGGCCCAGACUGGUGCCCAAAUGCAGCCAUGGACUGUGAGGUCACCAACCAAGUGGUUGCUACCUCAGUGAGAGAUGACUGUGACCUCAUUGACCCUUGUAUACAUAUUCGGGCGUCGGCAGAGAACAGCAUGCACUAGUGCCUCAACUCCAGUUGAGCACAGCUGCAGAACUCAGAGCACUGAACUAGGACUUUGUUUGGCUGUACCGUGGGGCUGCCAGAAGCAGUUCUUGGUGUCCUCCCCACAGCAUUGCCAGUGUUUCCCCAGCCCUGCCUGGCCCAGGCAGCUGGGGCUCUGCAGGGUGCGCUCACAGCAGCAGAGUUUGUGACACUUCCUGACUGCUGCAGUAUCAGGAGACACUGCAGAUCUCAGCUCCCCCCAGCCCACAGCACAGGCUGGGGCCAUGGAGGCAGCAUCCGAGUGGACCUGUCCCAUCUGCGGGCACCAUCAGGAUGAAGCAGCCUAUGUGACCCCUUGUCUCCACAAGCUCUGCUACGGCUGUGCAAUUUGGUGGGCAAAGAAGCAGCAUAGUUGUGCCCUAUGUGGGCACAAGAUAAAAACCAUCCGGUACUCAGUGAGGGCAGAUGAUGAUUACAUUGAGUGUCCUGUCCCAUCGCCUGCAGUGCACUUGGGUUAUAACCUGCAGGGUGAGAAGGGGUCUCCAGAGCCAAAGGUUGUUGCUCCUGAGCACAGCUUCCCACCAGAGGUCUGGGCAGCCUUUUUCCAACGACAUCCAAGAAACCUCAGACCCCUGCUCCAGUGGCUGCAAAGAGAGAUCAGGAGGAGCUCUGGUGAUGAGUGGUGGGACGUGCAUGCGAAACAAAGCAUUAUUCUGAGCUUCCUCUGUGUGCACGGGCUCGAUGAAGCAAUCUUGUUGCAGAAGCUGCAGCCAAGUCUCAGAGGCAACACAGUGCGCUUUGUGAGGAGAAUUAUUUCCAUCUCAGCAGCCCUGUAUGGCCCAGAGCUCCGCCAGCAGCAGAACCACCAGGACACUCACGCUGCAGAAGGGCAGGACAGCCCUGCAACCAGCUCCAGACCUGUGGCCUUCCAUGAGGGGCCUCCUGCCUCUGGCAUCAGCCAAUCCACCAGGUCUGCAAGGCCCAGCACUGAGGAGCUCCCUAGCAUCCUUCAUGGGGAUCCUAGGAACCCUACCAACACCACUGUGCCCUCAGAAGAGCCGCAGGAGGAAGCGGACCAGGCAGCAGUAGCAGGGCCCUCCACUCAGGGUAGGGACCACCUGCCUGGGGGGCAUCACAGACCUUCCAAGAGGAAGGCCAGCAGCAGCACCCAGGACUUACCCCCACCCAGCAAGAGGUGGUCCCAGCGGCAGCACUAGGUUGGCACCCUAUGACCAGCCACAACAUGGCUCAGGCAGACUUGAAGGUGAACAUCGACUUCUCAAUCUGCUUCAGAGAGAAAAUAAAGAUUGGAAAAAACCUUAUUAUUGACACUGUAGUUGGGGCUGCUGUCUCAAUUUGCGUUGUUUUCUCACUUUUCUGGUCCUGGGAAAGGCCAUAGAAUCGUAAGUUUAUUUCAACACUCAAAAACCAGCUAGUCAUGACAGUGAUAAUAAAACAAGUGUGGGCCCCAACAAACAAAAGAUGGACCUCGUGUUCUUAUAAUAAUAAUCCAAUCAUCAGGAUCCUCGGGGUCACCACUCAUCACCAACCUCCACUUGGACAUAGAACCAGUGAUCACAACCUUCUGGCUGCAACAUUCCAACCAAUUCCUAAUUCACCAGUCUACUCUUCAAACUCAUACCUCUCCAAUUUAGAGAUAAGGAUGGGACCACAUCAAAGGCCUUGCAGAAACCCAGCUAAA